AUGUCAGACGCUGACUUCGAGACCAUUAGAAAGCUUCAAGCUGAGCGAAAUGCUGCUGCCGCCGCAAAGAAUGGGUCUCGCGGCCGAGAUCCCAACAAUCAGCGAUCUGAGAGCUCGACCAAGGCAAAGCUAACCGAAUCUUUCGACACGCAACUUUACGAACGCGAUGGAGAUGACAAAUAUGCCGGCUAUCUUACUUCAAUCCCUGCCGGAGAUGGGGAAGAUGAAGAGAUGGAAGACGUAGAUAACUCGCGUCGCUUAGUUGGCCAGUAUACCGCAACACGUUCUCAGAUCGAUGAGUUCGCACACGGGAAUGGCGUUGAAGAAGAUGAUCCCUUUGCAGGGAGAGGUGAAAACAGUACUAGAAUUGUCGAUCGCGAGACUGACUACCAGAAACGCCGCUUCGACCGCGUCCUUACCCCGACGAGAGCAGAUGCCUUCAAUCGCCAAGGGGGCGCCGCAGAAGAAGGAGAUACGUUUCGCGAUGUUAUGGAACGUAGAGAGAUCGAAAGGGAGGAAGAACGAGUCAAACGCGCUAUUCAAGCUAGACGGGAAGGGAAAGAGCCCGACGACGAGCAUCAGCCAACACUAAAGGAUGGAGAUAAAGAGAAUGGGGAGGCCGGAUCUAGCGACGCGGUCACAGCUUCGCGAAAGCGUAAGAAGAGGUGGGAUGUUGCUUCCACGGCUGUGGACGAGCCAUCAUCAGAGCCAGCUGAAGGAAAGUCCAAAAAGUCCAGAUGGGACCAGGCACCAUCACUCCCCGCCGCUGGCACUGCUGACGCAGCCAAGAAGAGAUCAAGAUGGGAUCAAGCACCAUCAGCAACACCCAUUGGCAACAGCGGUUUAGUCACGCCAAUGCACACAUCUUCGGUCGGGCCUGGGGCUGUCAAGUCAGAUAUAUCUGCACCUGGUAUUCUUGGGGACGAAGAGCUAAACGCACUACUUCCUGGCGAGGAGCAAGGCUACAAGAUUUUAGACCCGCCGGCGGGAUAUACUACUGGGCAUGCCCCCUUGCAUAGGGCCGCCGCCACGCCGCUUCCACCGAGCUACAGUGGCUUCAUGAUGCAGGAUCCUGAGAGUACACGACUAGGGGGAAGCCAAAUGCCCAAAGAAAUCCCCGGUGUCGGUGAACUACAGUUCUUCAAGCAGGAAGAUAUGGCUUACUUCGGAAAGCUUGCAGACGGCUCAGACGAAAACAGCUUAAGCGUUGACGAGCUCAAAGAGCGAAAAAUCAUGAGGCUUCUCCUGAAGAUCAAGAAUGGUACUCCUCCCAUGCGAAAGACUGCUCUCAGGCAACUCACAGAUAAUGCAAGGCAGUUUGGCGCUGGGCCUCUCUUCAACCAGAUCCUUCCACUUCUGAUGGAGAAAACGUUAGAAGACCAAGAACGCCAUUUGCUCGUCAAAGUAAUCGACCGCAUCCUCUGGAAACUUGACGACCUCGUUCGCCCUUACGUUCACAAGAUUCUAGUUGUCAUUGAGCCCCUUCUUAUCGAUCAAGACUAUUAUGCCAGAGUGGAAGGUCGCGAGAUUAUCUCUAAUCUUAGCAAGGCUGCUGGUCUUGCGACGAUGAUCAGCACAAUGAGGCCGGACAUUGAUCACGUUGACGAAUACGUGCGGAACACAACCGCGAGAGCCUUCGCAGUCGUGGCCUCAGCGCUCGGUAUACCUGCUCUUCUGCCUUUUCUACGCGCUGUGUGCCGAAGCAAGAAGUCAUGGCAAGCUCGUCAUACCGGUGUCAAAAUCGUUCAGCAAAUUCCUAUUCUGAUGGGAUGUGCUGUUCUACCUCACCUCAAGGGACUUGUGGACUGCAUAGGCCCAAAUUUAAACGACGAGCAGACAAAAGUGCGGACCGUUACUAGUUUGGCCAUUGCUGCUCUUGCUGAGGCGUCUAACCCUUACGGUAUUGAAAGUUUUGAUGAUAUUUUGAACCCCUUAUGGACCGGUGCUCGAAAGCAGCGCGGUAAAGGUCUUGCUGGCUUUCUAAAAGCCGUUGGUUAUAUCAUACCACUAAUGGACGAAGAAUAUGCCAACUAUUACACCUCGCAAGUGAUGGAUAUUCUGCUCCGAGAGUUCUCAUCCCCAGACGAAGAAAUGAAGAAGGUUGUGUUGAAGGUUGUAUCUCAGUGUGCGGGCACUGAAGGUGUGACAGCCGGUUAUCUCAAGGAACAUGUCCUCGACGAGUUUUUCAAGAGUUUCUGGGUUCGACGGAUGGCUUUGGACAAGCGCAACUAUCGACAAGUGGUCGAGACAACUGUCGACAUCGGUCAAAAGGUUGGCGUCAGUGAGAUUCUGGAACGAGUUGUCGGUAACCUCAAAGAUGAAAGUGAGGCAUAUCGCAAAAUGACCGUUGAGACUGUCGAAAAGGUGGUUGCCAGUCUAGGGGCUGCAGACAUCGGGGAGAGAUUAGAGGAGCGCCUCAUUGACGGCAUCCUCCAUUCCUUCCAAGAGCAAAGCGUUGAGGACAUCAUCAUGCUGAACGGCUUCGGCACGGUUGUCAACGCCUUGGGCACGCGUUGCAAGCCGUAUCUACCACAAAUAGUGUCUACUAUCUUAUGGCGUCUAAACAACAAAUCUGCAACUAUUCGCCAGCAAGCUGCAGACCUUAUCAGCAGAAUUGCGAUAGUUAUGAAGCAAUGCGGUGAAGAUGCACUCAUGGGGAAGCUGGGUGUUGUUUUAUACGAAUACCUCGGAGAGGAGUACCCUGAGGUUUUGGGCUCUAUUCUCUCCGCGCUUCGUAGCAUCGUCACUGUCGUUGGUAUUAGCCAAAUGCAACCUCCAAUCAAGGAUCUACUACCCCGGCUCACGCCAAUUCUACGAAACCGUCACGAAAAGGUGCAAGAAAACACAAUCGACCUUGUCGGUCGAAUUGCCGACCGUGGCCCGGAAAGUGUGAACGCAAGGGAAUGGAUGCGAAUCUGCUUCGAACUGCUAGACAUGCUGAAGGCGCACAAAAAGGGGAUUCGAAGAGCGGCCAACAAUACAUUCGGCUUCAUUGCCAAGGCCAUCGGACCGCAGGAUGUGUUAGCCACUUUACUUAAUAACUUACGAGUCCAGGAGCGACAGUCACGGGUGUGUACAGCAGUCGCCAUUGGCAUCGUCGCCGAGACAUGUGCUCCUUUCACAGUGCUGCCUGCUUUAAUGAAUGAGUACCGAGUCCCCGAACUCAACGUCCAGAACGGUGUACUCAAGUCUUUAUCAUUCCUUUUCGAGUACAUCGGGGAGAUGGCCAAAGACUACGUCUAUGCAGUUACACCACUUCUUGAGGACGCACUGAUCGACCGUGAUCAAGUGCAUCGACAGACAGCUGCCUCAGUCGUCAAGCAUAUAGCCCUCGGAGUGGUUGGUCUAGGGUGUGAAGAUGCCAUGGUGCAUCUCCUUAAUCUUCUCUGGCCUAACCUCUUCGAAACCAGCCCGCACGUUAUUGACCGUAUCGUAGAAGCAAUCGAAGCCAUUCGCAUGGCUGUUGGGCCCGGCCUCGUGCUUAACUACGUGUGGGCAGGUCUAUUCCACCCUGCCCGUAAAGUUCGACAGCCUUACUGGCGACUCUACAACGAUGCAUACGUACAGGCAGCCGAUGCCAUGGUUCCUUAUUAUCCGAAUUUGAACGAAGAGGGUAUCGACAGGCCCGAGCUGGCGAUUGUGUUAUAAAGAGCUUGAGUAGCAGAAACAACAGCAUUGCUAUUGGUCACUUCAGUUCAAAGGUUUGGGUGGCGGCGUGUACAGUAGAUACAAAAAGACAUAGGCGCAUUAAUGAUUGGGAGAUUUUUUUUCGCAAUACGUUGAGGAUUUGAGUGAAGUUGGAUGCAAACAUGCGCUCGCGACUGUCCUCCCGCACAUGCUUCAGUCUGAUACAGAUAACAG